AUGCCAAACCUCGGCCACGUCUCUCCUCGUCCUCGAUCGAUACAUAGCACAAACGUCACGCUCUUGAACGCCAUCCAUACCUCGUACCUUCAUUCCAAACCCUACCAACUCGAUGCUCGAACUAGCGUUGUUGCCAACGCUUGGCAUACCUCGACCCAAGUGACGCCGAUCGUUGAUACCUCGCUAGGCGAGAAAGUAUGGGAGCAUGCUCGACGUCGGCUUGAGAAUAAUUGUGUUCUGUUGCAGUCUCUUCAUCCUUCGACUCCCUCGCUAUUCAUCUCAUUUCUCGACACACUGCCCUUCGCUAUACCGUCCUCGAUUCUGAUCUCGCUUCGCGCCCUGCAACCCUUUCUUCAUUGCGUCACACCCCACAACCCAUUCACUUCACGACAUGCUUCAAUCGCCUUGACUCUGGAUGUGAGCCUGGAUGGCCGAGUUUCGAACGCUUCCUUGUCAAUGCCAGCUGAUGGCAUUGACAUCACCAGUGGUCUCUUGGGGAUUGCCCCUGAAGUCGGGUAUCGUGCCUUUGAUGUCUUUUAUUACCUCCUUACAUCGGUAUCGACACAAGCUGAGAGGGACUUUCUGAGUCUCAAACCGGCAUCGCACUACUCUAUUCUGGCCGCAUCUGGAACGUAUCGGCCACCUGCACACCUUGCUGCAGCUGAUGAUGGCGCAGCGGCAGACGACUUCCGGCAAGCCAUCAGAGAGAUUGGCAUCAAAGGAUCCACCCACCGUAAGCUCAUUGCUACCCUUGCGGGUCUACUGACUCUCGGAAACACCCUCGACCAAAAUGCCCCUCAUGAUGAUGCCGUCGAAGCCUGCGAGGAGGCCAGUAUCCUGUUUGGGGUUGAACCCGAGGUGCUUAUCAACCUCUCUCAUUCUGAUCGCCGCGCAUUCAUGAGCAAGGUCUACGAGGCACUUGUCAACUGGGUCAUUGUCAAAGCCAAUGAGGCCAUCGCAGCUCAGAUCAGCCACUCACGGCGCGGUGCCGAGAGCCCCAUGACUGUUGGGCCGAGUGGCGAUGAAAGUACUCGAAUCAUCAUUGCGGAUAUACCUGACUCUUCUUUGGGAAGGGCUCAACAUGUACUAGAUUUGCGAGAUGUUCUGGAUUCGAGCAGGAUCUGGUACCACCUCUGCCUCUACCCCGGAUCGAACACUUCAUCCGACUCAGCAGCCUCGCCUCUACCGACACCACCAUGGUCUCCGAGCGACGUAUCCAUGCAGCUGGUAUCAUGGCGUCUGCGAGACUGGACCAACCGAUCGUUUAUCAGCCCAGCAUACACUGUUGAUUUCGACAUCGACGAAUUCAUUCAGCGGUACUCGGUCGUUCAUGGUUAUAUCUCCAGCAAGGAUGAUGUCAACAACUGGGCACUUGAGAGGGGAUGGCACAAUACCAGCCUUGCUAUCGGUCAAGACCGUGUGUGGAUGAGUGAGGAAGCUUGGUGGCAAGCUGAAGGCAUGCUCGACAUGAAACUUGCCCUCAUUCGACAGCAGGGGAGCCAGAGCCAGCUUGGAUUCAGGAACGAGCCCUUUACCUCUCCAAGACCUGGAAGUGUCUUUUCCGGCCUGAGUCUCAACCAGAGCGGAUAUGGGAGUAGGGAUCACCUCUUGCUUGGAACCUACCCAGACCGAGAAGGCACUACUCCCAUGACUGGGGGUCAGCUCGAAACGAAAGAGUCUUUGAUCGAGAUGGUGCAAGCCGAUUCACCCAAGGAGCAUACUAUUCUUGUGACAAAAGACCCCGAGCUUGCGAAAACGACACGCAUAGAAACGAAGAAAGUCGACAUGAGCCGUCGAAUCUGGGUUGCCUUUGUCUGGGCACUCACCUUCUGGAUCCCAUCACCCCUCCUUACCCAUCUCGGUCGCAUGCGUCGACCCGAUGUUCGACAAGCAUGGCGCGAGAAGUUGGCCUUGUUCUCCAUCAUCAUAUUCCUCAACGCGCUGAUUCUCUUCUGGAUGAUUGGUCUCGGCAAGCUUCUCUGUCCAAAUUCGGAUAAAGCCUGGAACCGCAAGGAGGUCGCAACGCAUCAGGGAGAAGACGAUUUCUGGGUCAGCAUCCGUGGCAAGGUCUAUGACAUCUCGGACUUUUGGAAACGCCAACACAGCGAUACCUCCAUCGAGACGACCACGACCAACAUGCAGCCUCUUGCCGGAUAUGACAUGGAUCAAUACUUUGUUCCUCCCUUGAACAUGGCUUGUAAGGGGCUUGGUAUAUCUGAAAGAACUCGCCUGACGGCCAAUACUACUGCUGAGUACACGACCGCAGUGCACACCUCUGGCUACUACUGCCUUGACUCGACGAGCGCUCUACACAAAGAUGAUUGGUACUGGACCAACUUUGAACCCGGCAUCAAGGAGUAUUACCACGGCGAGCUGGUUUACUCUGACAGCAAGUUCAAGGCGGAAGCUGAGGAGGGACGCCAGUGGGCUAAGUAUGGCAACAAGAUUUACGACCUGACGGACUACUUUUACACCCAGAGCCUUUACAAGAACGACAAGAAGUACGAGUUCUUGAAUGAACAGGUUUCGAAGCUUUGGGAGGACAACCCUGGGAAAAACAUCAAGGAGGAGCUUGAUCUCAUGCUUGAAGACACAAAGAACAAGACCAAGCAUGACAACGUUGUUGCGAGUUGGAAUUGCAUCCAGGCCAUCAGUUACAAAGGUAUCUCGGAUUUUCGGGAGAGUGCCAAGUGUCAGGUCAACAACUGGCUACUUCUCGCUUUCACCGUCAUGGUGUGUGCGAUCAUUCUCACCAAAUUCCUGGCAGCGCUCCGGUUCGGCUCCAAGCGUCGUCCAUCGAUGCAGGACAAGUUUGUCAUCUGUCAGAUUCCUGCCUACACAGAAGAUGAGGAGUCUCUGCGGAGGGCCAUCGAUUCUUUGACUUGUCUGAAAUACGACAACAAACGCAAGCUGAUAUGCGUCAUUUGCGAUGGCAUCGCCGUGGGCCAGGGCAACGAUCGCCCGACUUCGAAACUGAUUCUCGAGAUUCUGGGCAGCGACCCGAAACUUGAUCCACCAGCCCGAGCGUUCAAGUCGAUUGGAUCAGGCAGCGAUCAGCUGAACUACGCAAAGGUGUACUCUGGUCUUUACGAAUGCGAGGGAAACAUUGUUCCAUACAUCGUCAUCGCCAAGGUCGGCAAGGAAUCCGAGCAAACACGUCCUAAGCCUGGCAACCGUGGAAAACGAGACUCCCAGAUGCUUCUGUUGAGCUUUCUGAACAGGGUAUACCAUGAGUCACCCAUGAACCCGCUGGAACUCGACAUGUUUCACCACAUCAACGACGUUAUCGGUGUUGACCCGCGGUUGUACGAGUUUCUCCUCAUGGUCGACGCCGACACGGCUGUUCAUGAAGAUGCAUUGAAUCAUCUUGUUGCCGCGUGUGCAAACAAUACAAAGAUUGCUGGCAUUUGUGGAGAAACGAGGUUAGAGAAUGACGAGAAGAGUUGGUGGACCAUGAUUCAGAUCUAUGAGUAUUUCAUAUCUCAUCAUUUGGCCAAGGCUUUUGAGUCUUUGUUUGGAUCAGUCACCUGCUUGCCUGGAUGCUUUACAAUGUACCGAUUGAGAUCAUUUGACGGGAAGAAGCCUCUGAUCAUUUCAGACGCUGUCCUUCGAGAGUACUCUGUCUGCGACGUUGAAACCCUCCAUCUCAAAAACCUCCUCUCUCUCGGCGAAGAUCGUUACUUGACGACGCUGAUGAUCAAACAUUUCCCUCGAAUGUGGCUCAAAUUCCUCCCUGAAGCCCAAUGCCAAACCGUCGCCCCCGAGUCAUGGAAAGUGUUGCUCUCUCAACGAAGAAGAUGGAUCAACUCGACCAUCCACAACUUGGUUGAACUCAUGCGUCUGGAAAACAUGUGUGGCGUGUGCUGCUUUAGCAUGAGGGUUGUUGUCUUUGCCGACUUGUUUGGAACCAUCAUCUUUCCGGCGACAUGUGUGUAUCUGGUAUAUCUAAUGUACCGGGUCAUCACCAACACGGGACAGUUUCCCUUGAUCUCCAUCAUUCUCUUGGCGGCGACCUACGGCCUUCAGGCGUUGCUGUUCCUUCUGAAAAGGCAGUGGCAGCACAUUGGCUGGAUGAUCAUCUACCUGAUGGCAUUGCCGGUGUAUUCCUUCUUCCUCCCUCUUUAUUCUUUCUGGAACCAAGACAAUUUCUCUUGGGGGAAUACUCGAGUUGUCAUUGGUGAAAAGGGCGACAAGCAGGUUGUUGCUGUUGAUGAUGAUGAAGGCUUUGAUCCUGCUUCUAUUCCACUUCAGAGAUGGAGCGAUUACGCUGUGGUCAACAAUCUCCCCAAUCGA